CCAAGCUAGGCCACGAACUUGCUGCAAGACCUUGGGCAAAAUAUGGACACCUCGAAGCCUCCACACCUUCAUCUGUGGAAUGGGCGGGAUUGCGGCACCUUUAGGGCCUGGCUGCAGUUGGUGUCCUGGGACCCUACCCACCCCCAUGCUCCCAUCCGAGCAGGCCAAGAUCCCCAGACCUGGUCUUGUGUCCCCCUUCCAGAAUGUGGGGCCAGGCCUGCAAUGGAGAAGCCCACUCGGGUCGUGGGCGGGUUCGGAGCUGCCUCGGGGGAGGUGCCCUGGCAGGUCAGCCUGAAGGAAGGGUCCCGGCACUUCUGUGGAGCGACUGUGGUGGGGGACCGCUGGCUGCUGUCUGCCGCCCACUGCUUCAACCACACGAAGGUGGAGCAGGUUCGGGCCCACCUGGGCACUGCGUCCCUCCUGGGCCUGGGCGGGAGCCCAGUGAAGAUCGGGCUGCGGCGGGUGGUGCUGCACCCCCUCUACAACCCUGGCAUCCUGGACUUCGACCUGGCUGUCCUGGAGCUGGCCAGCCCCCUGGCCUUCAACAAAUACAUCCAGCCUGUCUGCCUGCCCCUGGCCAUCCAGAAGUUCCCUGUGGGCCGGAAGUGCAUGAUCUCCGGAUGGGGAAAUAUGCAGGAAGGAAAUGCCACCAAGCCCGAGCUCCUGCAGAAGGCGUCCGUGGGCAUCAUAGACCAGAAGACCUGUAGCGUGCUCUACAACUUCUCCCUCACAGACCGCAUGAUCUGCGCCGGCUUCCUGGAAGGCAAAGUUGACUCCUGCCAG